AGUAACUUUGCCGUGUGACCGAUUGGAGCACAACAUCAGCCGGAGGAGAAGCUCCGCUAGCUGCUAGCUGCUAGCUUCUGAUCCAGCUUCUGAGCCAUGGAGACAGAACCGAACCUCCUGAACGGGUCCAGCCCAGCCUCUUGGCUUCUCCUAAAAGCCCGGGUGGCGGCGGCGGUGGCGGUGAUAAGGAGCAGACCCCCUGGCCUGAGCGUCCGACAGCACGGAGAGGCUCUGGGCCGCAGACUGAGGAUGCGGGAGGAAGCGUGGAAGGAACGAGCCCAGGCGCUGCAGCAGGAGGUGCUGAGGCUGCGUCAGGAGCUGCUGGUCUCCAGGGCGACGCUGAACACCAGGAGCCAUGUGGAGGCUGCAGGUGACGCCAUCUUGGACGCCGUGUCACAGGACCUUAUUGCUCCAGCUUCUGACUCGCUGACUCCUGAGCUGAUGCUGCAGGAUGCCCCUUCCCCUCCACCCAAACCCAGGGGUCCUCAGACGGACACGCUGCGUCCUCACAUGCACUUCCUGCUGUCUCUGCUGUCUCUACAUCGCCUGGACGCCAGCAGCAGCGGCGUGGAGGCUCUGUGUUGGCCUGCUGAGGGGGGCGGGGCCUCUGCAGUGGCAGAAACUCUCUGCGUCCUCCUGGACUCCGUGGUAACCGUCUUCAAGGAGCCCCCGGCUCUGGGGCUCGCCGACCCGGCGCCGCAGGCCUGCCAGGUGGCAUCCAGAGCCUUGGACCUCCUCUGCUCGCUGAGGCGGCCAUCUGUGGACUUCAUGAGACGUGUGGAAGAGGCGAUGAGGGAGCUGACUCAGAUGCUGCUUCACAGCAAACAUCCCAGCAGGGCAGCAGAGAAGCUGACGGAGUCCCUGAUUGCGCUGGGGAGCAGCAGCAUAUCAAAGUCCUUUCUCAUCCGUCACAUCCUGUCGGAGAUCAGCUCUCUGGCUGAGCGGCUCUGGCAGACCUCCCAGGUGCAGAAAGACGGAAACACGGACGCCUCCAUGCUCAGACAGUUUCCAGUGGAUCAGUACCAGAACUCCUUCCACCUGUUUUGGACUCUGCAGAAACUCUUGGAGGAUUCAGAGGUAGCUUGGUGGAAGGCGGAGGUGGAGCCAGAGAAGAAGGUCUUCCUACGUUUCUUGGAGAAUCGUCUCUUCCUGUUGUCGGACGAGUUUCCACUGUUUUCCCUCUACAUGUGGACGAUCGGGAAUCUGCUGACUUUAACAUGUCGGUCCAGAGAGCUGGUCUGCUAAAACUUUAAACUAGGUUUGUCAGAAGAUAAGUGCAGAUUCAUCCUGUAAACCUGAGCUACAGUAAAAAAAAAGAUGAACUACAAAUUGCAUUUAUUAUAAAAUCACUUAUUU